CCAGCUCCUGCCUCUCCUGCUCCCACCCCCUGUCCCUCCUAUGGCAAUCCAUGUGGCCAGGGCUGGGGGCAGACCAGCCCUCCUUUUAUAAACGAGGCCUCACAGCCCGUCCAAGCUGACAGGAGUGACAGGAGGCUUGGCUUGCUCCGAGACACCACCUUCCAAACCUUGGGGUGCCUGGGAUGACCAGAGGAGGAAUGGAGUCAGUGGAAGUGUUCACAGCCGAAGGCAAGGGCAGGGGUUUGAAAGCCCAGAAGGAAUUCUUGCCUGGGGAUGUCAUCUUUGCAGAGCCAGCCUACGCAGCCGUGGUUUUUGACAGCCUGACCCAUGUCAUCUGUCACACCUGCUUCAAGAGGCAGGAGCGGCUGCACCGCUGCGGGCAGUGCAAGUUUGCCUAUUACUGCGACAGGACCUGCCAGAGAGCAGCCUGGCUCAACCACAAAAACGAGUGCUCUGCCAUCAAGAGGCACGGCAAGGCACCCUCUGAAAACAUCAGGCUGGCUGCCCGCAUCCUGUGGAAGAUGGAGCGGGAGGGCAGCGGGCUCUCCGAGGGCUGCCUGGUGGCCAUCGAUGACCUGCAGAACCACGUGGACAGCUUUGGAGAGGAGGAGAAGAAGGAGCUGCGUGCUGAUGUGGAGAGUUUCCUGGAGUUCUGGCCGCCCCACUGCCAGCAGUUUGGGAUGCAGUUCAUCUCCCACAUAUUCGGAGUGAUCAGCUGCAAUGGCUUUACCCUCAGUGACCAAAGAGGACUGCAGGCUGUUGGUGUGGGAAUCUUCCCCAACCUCUGCCAGGCCAACCAUGACUGCUGGCCCAACUGCACUGUCGUCUUCAACAAUGGCAAUCAUGAGGCUGUAAGAUCAAUGUUCCACACACAGAUGAGGAUCGAGCUGCGGGCCCUGAGCAAGAUUUCUCCGGGGGAUGAGCUGACUGUUUCCUACGUGGAUUUCCUCAGCCUGAGCGAGGAGCGGCGCAAGCAGCUGAAGAAGCAAUAUUACUUCGACUGCACAUGCGAGCACUGCAAGAAACAGCUCAAGGACGACCUGAUGCUGGCAGUGAAAGCAGGGGAAAGCAAGCCCUCUGCAGACACAGUGAAGGAGGUGAUCCAGCUCUCCAAGGACACGCUGGAGAAGAUCAACAAGGCCCGCAUGGAGGGGAAUUACCACGAGGUUGUGAAGCUGUGCCGUGACUGCCUGAAGAAACAGGAGCCUGUGCUGGGGGACACCAACAUCUACCUGCUGAGGAUCCUCAGCAUUGCCUCCGAGGUGCUCUCCUACCUGCAGAUGUUUGAGGAAGCAGCAGACUAUGCCAAGAGGAUGGUGGAUGGCUACCUGAAAAUUUACCAUCCCAACAACGCGCAGCUGGGGAUGGCCGUGAUGCGGGCGGGAGUGACCCACUGGCACGCUGGCCUCAUUGAAGCUGGCCAUGGCUUGAUCUGUAAAGCCUAUGCCAUUCUCCUGAUAACCCAUGGACCUUCCCACCCAAUUACCAAAGACCUGGAGGUCAUGCGUGUCCAGACGGAGAUGGAGCUGCGCAUGUUCCAGCAGAACGAGUUCAUGUAUUACAAGAUGAGGGAAGCUGCCCUCAAGAACCAGAAGAUCCAAGUCAUGCCUGAACCCAGUAAUGAGAACGCACCAAGCCUCUUCCACAAAAAGGAAUAAAGCUGGAGCUUGACACCAAUUCAUGCCUGCAGGGUAACAUCACCUGUGGCUCUUCCAGUGAGAUAUAUCCACAAGGAUUGUUUCCAGUGGCACAGGUCUGACAGCAUGGACCUGCUGGGGGAGCAUCCUGAAAACUCUUCUGAGGGCUUAAAGCAGAAGAGGCCCUGGCAGAAACAACAUCCC